AUGAUGAGGAGCAUCCUGCUGUGCGCAGUGCUCGGCUUCUUGCAUGCCCAGCCUUUCCCCUGCCCACAAGCCUGCAAAUGUGCCUUCCGCGACGCCGUGCAGUGUUCUGGCAGCAACGUGGCGCGCAUCACGGACCUGGGCUUGCCCACCAACCUCACGCAUGUCCUGCUCUUCCGAAUGGGCCGCGGAGCCUUGCAAAAUAACAGCUUCAGUGGCAUGACGGUCCUGCAGCGCUUGAUGCUCUCAGACAGCCACAUUUCCGAUAUUGCCCCUGGAACCUUCAAUGACUUGAUAAAACUGAAAACCCUCAGGCUGUCGAGCAACAAAAUCACUCAUCUUCCAGGAGCUCUCCUGGAUAAGAUGGUGCUCCUGGAACAGUUAUUCUUGAACCACAAUGCACUAAGGGACAUUGACCAAAACAUGUUUCAGAAACUGGCUAACCUAAAGGAGCUUCUUUUGAAUCAAAACGAACUCACUUUUCUUCCUGCUAAUCUCUUCACAAAUCUGGGGAACCUGAAACUGCUGGAUUUAUCUGGAAACAACUUGACCCACCUGCCCAAGGGAUUGUUCAGAACACAGGUUAAGCUUGAGAAACUUCUGCUCCAUUCGAACCAGCUCGUCUCUCUGGAUUCGGGGUUGUUCGACAACCUGGAAGCCCUGAUUGAGCUGCAGCUCGACAGAAAUCGCAUCCGUUCCAUCGUAGCCGGUGCCUUCGACCGUCUGGGGAACCUGAGGUCCUUGACCCUUUCGAGAAACCACCUGGAGUGCCUGCCCCCCGCACUCUUUCUUCAUUCUCACAGCUUGACUCUAUUGACCCUGUUCGAGAACCCGCUGGAAGAGCUCCCAGAGGUGCUCUUCGGGGAGAUGGCCGGCCUGCAGGAGCUGUGGCUGAACGCCACCCAGCUGCGCACGCUGCCGGCCACCACCUUCCGCAACCUGAGCGGCCUGCGCACCCUAGGGCUGACGCUGAGCCCGCGUCUGAGUGUGCUCCCGCAGGGUACUUUCCAGGGUCUGGCAGAGCUCCGCGUCCUGGCCCUGCACUCCAAUGGCCUCGCCUCGCUCCCCGACGCCUUGCUGCGCGGCCUCGGCAGGCUGCGCCAGGUGUCGCUGCGCCACAACAGGUUGCAGGCCCUCCCCCGUGCGCUCUUUCGCAACCUCAGCAGCCUGGAGAAGGUCCAGCUCGACCACAACGAGUUGGAGACUCUGCCUGGCGACCUAUUUGGGUCUCUGCCCCGGCUGACGGAAGUCCUGCUGGGGCACAAUCCCUGGCUCUGUGACUGUGGCCUGUGGCCAUUCCUUGAGUGGCUGCGGCAGCACCCGGGUCUAGUGGGUCGAGAUGAGCCACCGAGCUGCCACGGCCCUGUGGAGCGUGCGGGCCUGUCGUUCUGGGCGCUCCUGGAGGGUGACCCAUGGUGCCCCAGACCCCGGGGCCCGCCUCCCCGCCCUCUAACCGGGAACGCCCUGGAAGCCUCGGUCCCUUCCUUGCUGUCUAACAGCUCAGAACCUGGGGCGUUGGCCCAGCUGGUGGCCACCGGUGAACGUCAAGAUCACAGCCUCUUCUGGGGUCUGUAUUUUCUGCUUUUAGUUGCUCAGGCAGUAAUAACCGGCAUCAUUGUGUUUACUAUGAUUAAAAUAGGCGGGCUCUUUCGAAAAUUAAUCAGAGAGAGGCUCUUGUUUGAGUCAAUGGGAAAACCUUGUAAUUAAAACGUGACCAGAGUGUUGUCAGAUGUGGCUCUGGGGAGAGUCCAGACGGUUGUGCCGUUCUCCUCUUCCUCCUCCCCUCCGCCAUCUUUUCCUCUCCUUUUUGUCCCCCUCCUCCUCAACCCUUCUCUUUCCCUCUCCUUAGAACUAACCUUUGCAUUUGUGAGUUAGGAUGGCUUGCAGGCCUCCGUCUCCUGCUCUUGUGUACACUCCAUGGAUUGUGAUUGGCCCAUACUGUCCCACUAGCUCUGCCUGGUGUCUGGUGGAGAGAGGGUUCUUAAAUGUUUACUGAGUGAGGCUACAUUUCCAGUCAGGGCCUGACUCCCACACACAGCGAGUCUGCUGUAAAUGUUGGUGAAAUGAAUGGAUAAAAUAUACCUGGGAUCCGAGUGAUGAUGGCUUUUCCUGGGAGAAAGGAUGGCUUGUCAUCUACUUGUAUUUGAAAAGCGAAACUCUUCCAGUUUUGUUUUGUUUUGUUUUGUUUUUGGUGCGUGCAGGGACUGAGCUACACCCCCGGUUUCUUUCUUUCCCUUGCCUUUUAUCUCUCCCUUCACGUAUCUCUCUGAAAGCAUCGGACUCCAUUCAUUCAGCAGAUGGUCUCAGGGUAGGCCUCCUCUGUGACAGGUUGAGAAGGAAGAACCCGGAGCCUUCCCUCCAGGAGUGCAGCUCCCAGUGAGAGCGGCCGUUGAGCCCGCCAUGACCGAGAAAACAGGAGCUCACUGGGUCACAGUGCCGACUGAGGAUGGUCCCUGAGGUGGAUUCGGAGAGCCAGUGUGUGUGACUGUGAAGGCUGGGAAACUGCUCAGCAUGCUUAGUCACCUCCCCUGAGUUUCCACUUGCUGUGCAUCAGUGAAAUAUGUCAUUUGGUUUUCAUUUCCUGGAACCGAACACCACCUCAUUUCACAAGCAUUUAUGGAGCAGCAAACACAUGACAGGUGUUCAUGAAUGUAAUGAUAAGCUUGGGUCCUGGUUUAUUAUGCUUGUAUCACAUUCUCAUUUAUUCUUCCAAUUGAAAGCAGUUAAACCCUUGUUGCUUUAAUUGAACGUCUGUGCUUGUGAGAGGCACUGGUGGAAACCUGGGCUGGUAAGUUGACAACUGUGGGUUCCGUCCCAGCUCCUCAAGUUACUGCACAGCACCUUGGGCAAGACACCUACACACAUUUAAGCCUUGGUUUCCUCAUCCCUGACAGGGGAUAAAAUAGUAACCUGCCUCACAGAGUGCUGUGAGGCUUAAAGGUGAUGAAGCAUAUAAAGACUUAACCCAGUGCCCUGCAUACAGUAAAUGCUCAAUGAAUGGCAGUUAUUGUAACUCAAGGGUGAGCAAUGAUUACCACAUCACGAUGUCUAAAGAAGAGCUUUGAGUUGUGUUUUUCUUUGUGUAUAAAAGAAAGAGCAAACUUUCUCAAACUGCAAGUUAAAUACCAAUCAGUCAUUUUCACCUGUGGGUGGUCUCAGGGCUGUGUGGUCUGCUCUGUGCUCACAGCAGAGCUGUGGAUCCUUCCAACUGGAUAUGGAGGAGGAAAAGCUGGAUUCUGGCAUUUGUAGAUGUACUUCUCUUUCAAGGACAAGUGCAGAUGUCUCCUUGCCUUGUAGAUUCACAUGUUCCCCACUGUGUGCUUCUGUAUCAGGCCCUGGGCAUCCCUUCCACUAGGGUGGGAUGCCCAGGGUGUCACUUUAGGGUAUCUGUUUAAUGUGCCUCUUGCACUAUAAACUCCUUAACCAGAGGUGGUCUUAUUUUCAAAUUUUGAAAUUACUGCAGCUGAAAAUUCAGACGUUUUUGUUUGUAAUUUCCACAUCCGCAGAGUGCAGGGGACUCGAACCAGGGCCUCCAGCUUGAGAGGCAGGCACUCUACGAGAUGGGCUAUAUGGCCUGCACUAUCAGACGUUUUUGGAUGGAAUACAGACUGAAUUCUAAUCACUGUACUCUCAAGGUUCUAGCUCUCAAGCCUCUGUCUCUUCACCUGCGUAUGAAGAUGAUAAUGAUCCCUAUUAUUGUUGCAAAGGCAAAAUGAGAUAAUCCCUGUGAGAUAGUGGCUGGGGCCCUGGGGCUCAAAAGAAGUUAGCAAUUCUGAUUAUCUCUUUCAGAACUCAUUGUGUUCUAGACAUUUCUCAGGCCUUUGCAUAUGUUCAUUCAUUUGGCAGAUAUUUAUUGAACAUUUACUUUGUACCCCUUCUAGAUGAAGGGACAGAGCAAUAGGUAAAACAGUGUGCACACUUCCAUGGGGUUUUGCGUUCUGCUGUCCCUUCCCACUGUAACUGUGAUCCAGAACUCUUAGCCAUUAUCUUCCAAUAUCCAGAAAAGUAUUGAGACAACUUUGAGCACGUUGGCUACUAUAAAAUGUUUGUACUUGUCUAUA